UUUAACGGUUUUAUGUCACUCCUCCCCCGUUUCUUCCUCUCACGUCCAAACUCCCGUGAAAACCCUGACGUCCCGCCGCUCGCCAUCACCUCGCGCCGGCGUCAUCUCGGGAUCUCCGUCAGCACUGACCACUGCCAACACCGUCCCUCAGUCCGUCAGGCGACCAGAGCAGCAAUGAGAAGACAGAGAAUCAAUGUCCCGUCCCCUGAUCCUGACAGGGACAAAUCCCAGAAUCCACCUCAUUCCACUGAAAAGAGACCAAAGCCGCAAGACUCUCAUUCCUUUCACUCAGAAAGGAAUGUCUUUCUGCUAUGUUUGGCAAUGCGGGCGGUGAACUCUUUGCUGGUCCAAACAUACUUUAACCCAGAUGAGCAUUGGCAAGCUCUUGAAGUUGCCCACAAAAUUGCAUUUGGCUAUGGACAUUUAACAUGGGAGUGGAAAGAGGGUAUCCGUAGUUACUUGCAUCCAAUGGUUUUUGCUCUGCUCUACAAAGUUCUUGCCCUUUUGGGUCUUGAUAAACCUUGGCUCAUGGUGAAGGCUCCAAGGUUGCUCCAGUCCUUCUUUUGCGCAAUUGGAGAUCUUUACCUGCACAAACUCUCGCAUGUGCUCUUCGGUUAUUGUGUGGCUAGAUGGGCACUAUUCUCUGAACUCUUGAAUUGGUUCAUGUUCUUCUGUUUCCCUCGAACGCUGUCGAAUAGUCUUGAGACAGUCCUCACGCUCGUAGGAUUGUAUUACUGGCCAUGCUUGAGAGCUUCUUCUAGUAGAGACCCUGCAGUGUCAAGGAGCUGGGGCUUGUUUGUUGCGGCACUUGCUUGUGCUAUAAGACCAACAAGUGCAAUUAUAUGGGCAUACAUUGGUCUACUUGAGUUGUGGUUCACGAGUGAUAGAAUGAAAUUCAUCUUUCUCGAGACUAUUCCUAUUGGGGCGCUGGUACUAGGAUUUACAUUCUUACUGGACCGACUGGUGUAUGGGUCGUGGGUCUUUGUCCCACUUAACUUUCUCAAGUUCAAUUUUCUCUCCUCGGGUGGUGACUACUAUGGGACUCAUGUGUGGCACUGGUACUUUAGUCAGGGAUUCACUGUUAUGCUAUUUACAUUCUUGCCCUUCUCCCUAGCGGGCAUCGCCAUGGCCAAACACUGGAGACUCUCGGGCCUCAUUGGCUGGGUCUUAGGGCUUUACAGUGUCCUUGGGCACAAAGAAUUCAGGUUUGUGUUGCCUGUUCUUCCUGUAGCUUUGAUCUUCUCUGGUGUUUAUCUGGCUUCGUUAUCAAACCCUCAUGGUUUGAGAAAUAAGAAGGAGCAAUCUUCAAAAAGCUGCAUGAUAUGGCCAGCAAAAAUGAGAUGGGCAGUGGUUUUCUUGCUAGUUACCAACAUUCCAAUGGCAUUGUAUAUGAGCUUGGUUCAUCAGAGGGGAAGUGAAGAUGUGAUGAACUUUCUAUCAAGAGAGGCAGCCAAUGAUAGGUUGAAGAGCAUCCUCUUCCUGAUGCCUUGCCAUGCCACGCCUUACUACUCUGCCCUUCACCGCAACAUUCCAAUGCGUUUCUUAGACUGCUCUCCGAGUGAGGAGAGGAGCAUCCCAGAUGAAUCGGACGGUUUCAUGAUGGACCCAUCAGGCUUUGCUUCUGAACUAGCCAAAAACUGGUCGCUUCCAAGUCACAUUGUGUUGUUUGAUUCAGAAGAAAGAAAACUGCAGGAAUUUCUGUCACUGCAUUCUUUUAAAGAGAUAAAGAGAUUUUUCCAUGCCAACUUCAAGGUGGACCGGGACCUGCAAGCAUCAGUUGCCGUUUAUGCUUUGACAGCUCCAUGAAGUUGUGGUUGGCGAAUUUACUAACUACUCGCUCGAAGGUCUUGCCUCUUGUCAAAAGUUACUUCAUCGUCCUGAAAUUCCAAUAUUUUCUGUAUCCUGCUCUUGAUCUGUGGUCAUCCAUCUGGAACAGGCCCAAUGUGAAUUAUUACCAUGCUUUACGAGUUGAGUUUACUUAAGAAGUUCAUUUUUGGUUGCAAUAUGUAACUUCUUUCAUUGCUUGGACUCAUUCUAGCAUUAGUGUAGUUCAAUUGGCAAGUUCCCCUGAUCUUCUACUGUAACAUUUGCUUGGUGAAAAUCCUUUUCCUUUUAGGUCGAUAAAAUCCUGCUAUUGAGAUGAGAUAUAUGUUGUGCAUACUCAUUAAGAGGAUAGGACGAGAAACAAUGAAUGAUAUAUCUUAAUAUAAUUUUCGCAA